AUGACUCCUUGGACAACGACCACCAUGGAGCGAUAUGGUGUAGCCAUGUGGAACUUUGCUGGCAAUGGGCAAAAUCAGCUCUCUCUGGAGGUUGGAGACACAGUCUUCAUUCAAGAGACCUGCGAUGGGUGGUACAAAGGCUACUUGGCCAGGAACAAAGCCCAUCAGGGUGUAUUCCCUGCCAGUUUCGUACACCUGAAGGAGGUAAUUGUUGCGCAUCGUCGUGAUAAGGAGGUGGUGAUGUCUGCAGAGAUGCCUCUAGUGAAAGAGGUGACCAUGACACUGAGAGAAUGGGGAAGCAUAUGGAAGCAGCUCUUUGUGGCUAACAAGGAGACGAGUGUAAGGCAGGUGCAGAGGCUGAUGUGGGAGCUGAUGGAAUGGCGUUCCCAGCUCCUCUCUGGAACUCUGCCCACAGAUGAAUUCAAGGAACUCAGACAGAAGGUUAUCUCCAAGAUUGAUUAUGGAAACAAGAUUUUGGAGCUGGAUCAAGUGGUUCGAGAUGAGCAUGGGAAUAUUUUGGACCCUGAACAGGCCAGUAUCAUCAGUCUGUUCCGGGCCCACGAGGAAGCCUCUGCCAAGAUCAACGAACGCAUAAAAGAGGAGCAAUCCAACAUUCAGACAGAACACAGUGGCUUCUCGGCGCGCAUCCAGUCGUCACCCACACAUAGCCUCUAUGUCUUUGUCAGGAACUUUGUGUGUCGUGUGGGAGAAGAUUCAGAACUCUUCAUGUCUCUCUAUGACCCUAAUCAACAAACAAUCAUCAGCGAGAACUAUUUAAUUCGGUGGGGCAGCAAAGGUUUCCCCAAAGAAAUUGACAUGCUCAACAACCUCAAGGUUGUCUUUACAGAUCUAGGGAAUAAGGACCUGAGCAGGGAGAAGAUUUACCUUAUCUGUCAGAUAGUCCGAGUGGGUAGGAUGGAUCUGAAGGAGAGCAACAAGAAGUGCACUCAGGGUCUUAGGCGUCCUUUUGGAGUGGCAGUUAUGGACAUCAGUGACAUAAUCAAAGGAAAGGUUGAAUGUGAUGAGGAGAAGCAGUUUUUCAUCCCUUUCUUCCCGGUUGUGGCCGAAAACGACUUUCUCCACACCUUUCUGAACAAAGUGACUACAUCCCGAGGGGACAGCGGUGGUCAAGGACUCUGGGUGACAAUGAAAGCUCUGGUUGGCGACAUUAUCCAGAUACGCAAAGAAUAUCCUCACCUGGUGGACCGAAGCACAGUGGUCGCUCGCAAGCUAGGCUUCCCCGAGAUCAUCAUGCCAGGAGACGUGCGCAAUGACAUAUACCUUACACUGCAGGGCGGCGACUUUGACAAGUACAACAAGACCACGCAGAAAAAUGUGGAGGUCAUCAUGUGCGUGUGUGAUGAGAAGGGCAAGGUUGUACACAACUCCAUCUGUCUAGGAGCAGGGGAUAAGGCGACAAGUGAAUACAGAUCAGUCAUCUACUACCAAGUCAAACAACCCCGCUGGAUGGAGACAUUUAAGGUAGCUGUCCCUCUUGAGGAAAUGCACAAAAUCCAUCUUCGGUUCAUGUUUAGACAUCGCUCCUCUCAAGAGUCCAAGGACAAAAGUGAGAAAAAGUUUGCCAUGGCUUUCGUGCGUCUGAUGAAGAAUGACGGGACGGUCCUACAGGAUGGGCUUCAUGACCUUGUGGUAUUCAAGGGUGACAGCAAGCGCAUGGAGGAUGUGAACUGCUACUUGUCCUUGCCCUCCACCCGCCACCACUAUGGGGACCUCCACAAGGGAGCAGUACUGAGCCGUAGCACCAGCAACGUAAGCGGGGGCGGCUUAGGCCUGUCAGUCAGCUCGAGAGAUAGCUUCACCAUUUCCACCCUGGUCUGUUCCACCAAGCUCACCCAAAAUGUGGGCCUACUGGGGCUUCUCAAAUGGAGGACGCUACCUGAACUCCUGCGAGAAAACCUUGAAAAACUGAAGCUAAUCGAUGGAGAGGAAGUGGUCAAGUUCCUGCAGGACACAUUGGAUGCUUUGUUCAACAUCAUGAUGGAACACUCUCAGACUGACGAUUACGACAUUCUCGUGUUUGAUGCCCUGAUCUAUAUAAUAAGUCUCAUCGCUGACAGAAAAUUUCAGCAUUUUAACACCGUGUUGGAGGCCUACAUCAAGCAACAUUUCAGCGCCACUUUAGCCUACAAGAAGUUGAUGUCAGUGCUUAAGAGGUACCUGGACGUCUCAAGUCGAGGAGAGCACUGUGAGGCGAUUCUCCGAACCCUCAAAGCUCUGGAGUACAUCUUCAAGUUCAUCGUUCGCUCACGCAUGCUCUACUCCCAGCUUUACGUGGGCAAUGAGCAGGCAGAGUUUGAAGAGUCUUUGAGGAAGCUUUUUGAAUCCAUCAACAACCUGAUGAAGACAGACUACACAACCACUCUACUGCUGCGGGUUGCAGCCCUGAAGUACCUGCCAGCAGUCUUACAUGAUGUUGAGAAAGUAUUUGAUGCAAAAUUGCUAAGUCAGUUGCUGCAUGACUUUUAUUCCUGCAUCCCACCCGACAAACUCCAGAAACAGAAAGUGGCAUCUAUGACUGAAAUUGUCAACAGUCAACUUUUUAAGCGUUCAGAGUGCCGAGAUGUGUUGUUGCCAAUGAUGCUACGGGAGCUGAGCAGAGCUUUGGCAACCAUGGCAGAUGGGCCUCAUGAUGAGAGAAGAAAAAGUCUGGAAUUGCUCAACAAUAUUCUGGAGGUCCUAAGUAAAGACAAUGUGGGGGAAACGUUUCAGCACAUCCAAGACGUUGUGGUAUCUUUACUGAGAAUCAUCAACCAAACAGUCAUCACCAUGGGUCGAGAGCAUGCUCUAAUUUCCCGGGUGGUGGCUUGCAUGGCAGCCAUCCUCAGUCAAAUGGAUGACCGUCAUUACUCGACAUACAUAGAAACCUUUGCGAGAACCUCAGAUCUGGUGGACUUUCUCAUGGAGUCCUUCCUACUUUUUAAAGACCUGAUCGGGAAGCAUGUGUACCCCUCUGACUGGAUGGCCAUGAUCAUGGUACAGAACAGGGUGUUCCUGAGAGCCAUCAAUACUUACGCUGACACAAUGAAUAAAAAGUUUCUCAACAAUGAUGACUUUGAAGUACAGUUGUGGAAUAACUACUUUCACUUGGCGGUUGCAUUCAUUACUCAGGAGUCUCUGCAGCUGCAACAUUUCUCGCCAACAAAGAGAAACAAGAUUCUCACCAAAUAUGGAGAUAUGAGACGACUCAUUGGCUUCGCGAUUCGCGACAUUUGGUUCAAACUGGGCAGCCAUAAGAUCUGUUUCAUACCUGGCAUGGUGGGUCCAAUCCUGGAGAUGACUUUGAUCCCAGAGGAGGAGUUGAGAAGAGCCACCAUUCCUAUUUUCUUCGACAUGAUCACCUGUGAACAUGGACACGCUGGCAAUUUCAACAAGUUUGAGAACGAGAUCAUUCUUAAGUUGGACCACGAGGUGGAGGGUGGAGGUGGAGAUGAGCAAUACAUGCAUCUACUGGAAACCAUACUUCUAGACUGUGCAGCAGAGAAGCCCUCAUUGAAGCCUCAGGUUCAGCACUUUGUUUCUUUGGUGAAGGGACUGCUCACCCGUCUCCUCGACUACCGCACCGUGAUGAGAGAUGAGAGUCGCAACAACCGCAUGAGUUGCACUGUUAAUCUUCUCAAUUUUUACAAGGACAUCAAUCGUGAAGGAAUGUAUAUCAGGUAUCUUUACAAAUUGCGGGACCUUCACCUGGAAGGAGAAAACUACACAGAGGCUGCGUACACACUGCUGCUGCACUCGCGCCUGCUCAAGUGGUCAGAUGACUUGUGUAGCCACUUUGAGUUCCCAGGCUCCCAAACCCAGCGGCAACUCAAAGAAACACUCUCCGACACCAUCAUCGACUAUUUUGACAUGGGGAAGAUGUGGGAAGAGGCCAUUAGUCUGUGCAAGGAACUUGCUGAUCAGUACGAGAACGAGAUCUUUGACUACGAACUACUCAGCAAAAGACUGGAGAAACAAGCAAAGUUCUAUGAGAAUAUCAUGAAGAUUCUGAGGCCCAAACCUGACUACUUUGCAGUGGGUUAUUAUGGGCAAGGCUACCCUCCAUUCCUCAGGAACAAGGUGUUCAUCCACCGAGGUAAAGAGUAUGAGCGCAGAGAAGAUUUUCAAAACCAGCUGAUGAGCCAAUUUCCCAGCGCCGUGCGCCUCAAUACAACCACCAUGCCUGGGGACGACAUCCGGAACUCUUCCCUCCAAUAUAUUCAGUGUUUCACCGUCAGACCUGUCCUCGAAAUCCCUCCACGCUUGAAGAAUAAACCAGUCCCAGACCAGAUCAUCAACUUCUACAAGUCCAACUACGUGCAGCGCUUUCAUUAUUCCAGACCUGUGCGGAAAGGACCAGUGGACCCAAACAAUGAGUUCGCUUCUAUGUGGAUCGAGCGUACAACUUUCACGACUGUGUACAAGUUGCCAGGCAUCCUACGCUGGUUUGAGGCUACCGAGAUGAAACAUACGACCUUGUCACCUUUGGAAAAUGCUAUUGAAACCAUGGAGUCCACCAAUGAUAAGAUUCUGGCCAUGAUCAACCAAUAUCAGGCAGACGGCACCCUUCCAAUUAACCCUCUCUCCAUGCUGCUCAAUGGUAUCGUGGACCCGGCAGUUAUGGGUGGCUUUGCCAAAUACGAAAAGGCUUUCUUUACAGAAGAGUACACUCUGCAGCAUCCAGGUGACAAAGAGAAACUACUACGCUUGAAAGACCUCAUUGCAUGGCAGAUUCCAUUGUUGGGUGGAGGCAUUGCUCUCCAUGGGAAAAGAGUCACCGAUGACCUGCGUCCCUUUCACGAGCGCAUGGAGGAAUGUUUCAAAGAACUGAAAAUGAAAGUGGAGAAAGAGUAUGGUGUAAGAGAGCUGUUGGACUUGGAUGAUAGGAAGUCUAACCGGCCUUGCUCUGUGCUGCGAUCUGUCCGUCAGUCCAUCGUCUCCAUUUCGUCAUUGCAAAGCUCUGAAUGUGCAACGCCAACUAAACUGUCUGUUGACAGGGACUUUCCCAAUGAGUUGUCUGUGGGCCCAACACUGCAACGCUCCAGCGGCAGCCUCAGCACCAGUACGCAGGAUGACGAUGUUUUGACCGUGGGUGACGCUGAGGUCAAACUGAGAAAGAGUAAGAAGAAGAAGAAGAGAAGCAGCAUGAUUUUCAUCACAGAGGAGAGAGAACAGACAAACACCCUGGACUGCAAACGGGCACCACCCUAGCUGUCAAAGAAGCAGGAGUUCUGUAGCGACACCAACUUGUCAGACUCUAUUAUUGGACAAGUAUCACUCAACGGUGCUAACUCCAGGUCCCUGCCUGCUAUUACAGGAUUGUCUUUGACUGUUGCUGGCGGGGUGGAGGAGAUGGAAGGCACCCGAGCCAGGAGAGACAGCAAGUCCAUGUCCCUGUGUAUCACCUCAGACCGAACGGCAGACAGACGCUCCAAAGGUGUCAUCGGCCUUUUCUUCAAGUCCAAGAGUUCCAAGGCUGACGAUGUGCUGAGCAGUGAUGUGGGCAAAGACAAGGACAAUCACUUCUGA